AUGAGACCCUCUUUCUUUGCUGUCGCUCUAUCUUUCGCGGGUGCUUGCUUCGCCGCUCCCGCAACCGAAAGCCAAAAGUGGCCCUACAGCAUCGGUGACCUCUCGCUUAAGCAUCUGAUUGAGAGUGACACCUUUGAUCUUGUUUGGACUGUUACCUCAAGGGGUCCUACAGGCGAUGAUCUUGGCAGCACGACCUGCCACACUGCUUGGAACAAUGGGUCCACCCCCAAUGGCCCCAAGAAUCCGGAGGCAUGCUUUGAUACUGCAUAUAAGUACUGGUUCCCCACUGGUGCCUCCGACCUUGAGAGCUUUGAAAUUGUCAUUGAAGGCCCCGAAGGCUCAGCCAUCACCACCAUCGAAGCUGGUCCUAAGUACCAGUGUGGCCCUUACACUGGAACCAUUGGCAACAUUGAUAAAGAAUGCAAGACCACCAACGGUGGAGAAUUCUACCUUCAUCAAUAG